ACCAUCUUUUACUGUAAGGGACAGUACGCAUGAUAGUGUCUACUUAAGCAUCAUGAAGAUCAUUGCCUUUGCUCUCGUUGUCUGUGUCGGUUUGGUCGUGGGUGCUGAGGUAGAAAGUGCCCCGGAAGUGUCAUCGGAUCUAGAAUUGCCAGCGGAUCUUGAGGUCCCAGAACAACCGGAAGCUCCCAUCCAAUCAGACAUUGUACCGGACAUUGCCGAAGAACCUUUACCACCAAGUGAGGAUGAACAAUCAGAAGCUGCGCCAGAAGAGGAUUCGGAAGAUGAUGAACAAGAUGAUGUAGCCCCCGAAGGAGACGAAGAAGAAGAAGAGGAAGAUAAUGAUGAUGAUGAUGACCAACCGGAUGACUCGGUCGAAUCGGACGAAAGCGACGAAAUUGAAGAGGCACGCCAGAUUGCGGAGGAAUUGGAAGAACGCCAGCAGGAGUUGGACUAUCUGAAACGGUAUCUAGUCGGACGGCUCCAAGCAACUGCGCUCCUUGCCCGUCGUGUUCGCCCAGCGGUGAUUCGUCGUCCGUGGGUUGGUCGUCCUUGGAAUCGCCGCCCUAGAGUUCUACCCCGGCUAGUACUCUAGAUACGAUUCUAGCAAUACCAAUACGUUAAAGCAGUAGAUCAAGCAAACCAAUGCAAAAAGCCAUACAAUAAAAUUUCAAUCCAUUUUUCCCCUGCAA